CACAUGCCGUCUUCGUGGAUCGGGAAGUUUGUGGAAAUCCCGGCCCCCCUGGACAUCAUUCCUCUGUUCAUUCGUGGAGGGCACAUCCUGCCCACGCAAAAUCCCGACCGGACCACAACAAUGAGCCGUCUGAAUCCUCUUGGUCUCAUCAUCGCUCUAGACCAUCAGGGGGAAGCUUCAGGCUCCCUCUUCUGGGACGACGGUGACUCCAUCGACUCCAUCGAGAAGGAACAGUUCUUCUACGUGGACUACAAGUUCAGUCACCACAUGCUGAAGACCACCGUGGUGAACAACGGCUUCCAGGGGGUCACCAACCUGGCCUACGGCACCAUCCAGAUCCUGGGCCUCAGCGCCAGGCCCCAAGUGGUGUCUGUGAACGGGAACACCAUCGCCGACAGCAGGAUCCAGUACGACAACAGCGGGAAACUCAGCGUGCUGAUAUCCGCGCCCCUCUCCCAGGAGCUGACGAUGAACUUCGAGCUGGAAGGGAGCCUUAGGAACGCGAGCCAGAGUCACACGCCGCCCUCUAUGUUUUCCGCCCCACCUAAAAACGUUUCGAAUAUAGAAAUAGCAGGUUAA